AUGGAAAAGAAAAUGAAAGAGCUAUUGGAAAGGUCCAACAGGACCGCCAGAAAGUCCACAGGCUUAAGAUACGAUGAUUUGUGCAUGCAUCCAGAUUUGGACUUAUUGGAAGGAUUCAAGAUCCCAAAGUUUGAAAUGUUCAAUGGGACAGGGAAUCUCAAAGCACAUCUUCGGUCCUACUGUGACCAGUUGGUCGAUAUUAAAAAGAACGAACCUCUGAUCAUGCGACUAUUCAGCCGAAGUUUAACUAGCGAGGCCGCUGAAAGCUUCAUGAAGAGAUUUCGAGUCAACGUCAAAACAGUGUCUAACCGAUACUACCUUGAAAAGGUCAAACAAAAGUCAACUGAGAACUACAGAGAGUUCGCCAGCAGAUGGAGGACCGAAGCAGCCCGUGUACAACCACCAAUAUGUGAGGGAGAAUUGAUCUCCGUAUUCAUCAAAUCACAGGAACCACACUUCUAUGAUAGAAUGUUGUCCAUGGCCGGAAAGCCCUUAGCUGAAGUAGUCAAAAUGGGAGAGGUUAUAGAAGAUGGUCUCAAGUCUAGCAAGAUCGUCAGCAUCUUCAACAAGGCAUCUGGACAAGCCGCUGUGGGAGUCUUCCGUAAAAGGAAGGAGAACGUGGCGAGCAUAUCCCACAUACCAAGCACAAACCCUAAAAGGCGGGAAGAACCACAAUCUUCUCACCAAGCUCCACUCCCUACCAAUUACCCGACUUCACCUUACAGCCUUACACCCAUAUUCUAUGCUUAA